GUCUGCUAGGAGAGGCGCAUAAGCUUUUUCCCCGCACUUGUCGCUGGAAACGGGACUGGAUAAACGGCAGACUUUGGGAUGCGCUUCCUUUAGGAGCAUUACGGCACUCAUUCCUGGUUCCUUUGACUGCUCUCCAGCAGCAGCGGUGGCGGCGAAAGAGCCGAGGAGCGUUUUGGGUUGCUGGAAGCCGAAGCGGCCAUGGCCGAGCGCCGCGCCUUUGCUCAGAAGAUCAGCAGAACUGUGGCAGCUGAAGUACGGAAACAGAUUUCAGGGCAAUAUGGAGGAUCACCACAACUUCUCAAGAACCUUAAUAUUGGGGGCACAAUUUCCCACCAUACAACUGUGCCUCUUACUGAACCUGUUGAUCCAGUGGAUUUGGAAGAUUACCUUCUUACACAUCCACUUGCAGUGGAUUCCGGCCCUAUGAGAGACUUGUUUGAAUUUCCUUCUGAUGAUAUUGAAGUCAUCUAUAGCCCUCAAGAAUGCAGAACAUUGGUGUCAGCUGUACCAGAGGAAAGUGAAAUGGACCCCCAUGUGAGAGACUGUGUAAGAAGUUAUACAGAAGACUGGGCUAUUGUGAAUAGAAAGUAUCACAAACUGGGGACUGGAUUCAAUCCCAACACCUUGGACAAGCAAAAAGAGAGGCAAAAGGGCUUGCCCAAACAGAUCUUCGAGUCUGAUGAAGCUCCAGAUGGCAACAGUUACCAGGAUGAACAAGAUGAUCUGAAAAGACGGUCCAUGUCAAUAGAUGAUACGCCACGAGGUAGCUGGGCCUGCAGUAUUUUUGACUUGAAAAAUUCCCUUCCCGAUGCUUUGCUCCCUAAUCUUCUGGAUCGGACCCCAAAUGAAGAAAUCGAUCACCAAAAUGAUGAACAAAGGAAAUCCAACAGACACAAGGAACUUUUUGCCUUGCAUCCAGCACCUGACGAGGAGGAACCCAUAGAAAGGCUUGGCAUUCCAGAAAUCCCCAAAGAGCACUUUGGUCAAAGGCUUCUUGUCAAGUGUUUGUCUCUAAAGUUUGAAAUUGAAAUAGAGCCCAUUUUUGCAAGUCUGGCAUUAUAUGAUGUUAAAGAAAAGAAGAAGAUUUCAGAGAACUUUUACUUUGAUUUAAACUCCGAACAAAUGAAAAGCAUGUUGCGACCUCACGUUCCCCCUGCGGCCAUAACCACUUUGGCUCGUUCAGCCAUCUUUAGUAUUACAUACCCUUCCCAAGAUGUCUUCCUGGUAAUAAAGUUGGAAAAAGUACUACAGCAAGGAGAUAUUGGGGAAUGUGCUGAGCCAUAUAUGAUUAUGAAAGAAGCAGAUGCUGCAAAGAACAAGGAAAAGCUAGACAAACUGAAAAGCCAGUCAGAACAAUUUUGCCAAAGACUUGGCAAAUAUCGCAUGCCUUUUGCGUGGACUGCUAUUCAUUUAAUGAAUAUAGUCAGCAGUGCUGGAAGUUUGGAAAGAGAUUCUGGAGAAGUAGAAAUUGCCGCUGGAGAACGCAAAGGAUCUUGGUCUGAAAGAAGAAACUCUAGCAUUGUUGGUAGGCGUUCUCUAGAAAGAACCACUAGUGGGGAUGAGGCCUGUAACCUGACUAACUUUAGACCAGCUACUCUGACAGUGACAAACUUCUUUAAACAGGAAGGUGACAGGUUGAGUGAUGAAGAUUUAUACAAAUUCCUUGCGGAUAUGAAGAGGCCUUCUUCUGUUCUAAGGCGCCUGAGACCUAUCACAGCUCAGUUGAAGAUUGAUAUUUCUCCAGCCCCAGAGAACCCACACUAUUGUCUAACUCCAGAACUGUUGCAAGUAAAACUUUAUCCAGAUAGUAGAGUUCGACCAACAAGAGAGAUCUUGGAAUUUCCUGCAAGAGAUGUUUAUAUUCCAAAUACAACUUACAGAAAUCUUCUAUAUGUUUAUCCACAAAGCCUUAACUUUGCCAAUCGCCAAGGAUCUGCUCGGAAUAUUACUGUAAAAGUACAGUUUAUGUUUGGAGAGGAUCCAAGCAAUGCAAUGCCGGUAAUCUUUGGAAAAUCUAGCUGUGCUGAAUUUUCAAAAGAAGCUUAUACAGCUGUUGUUUACCACAACAGAUCUCCUGAUUUCCAUGAAGAAAUCAAAAUUAAGCUUCCUGCUACUCUAACGGACCACCAUCAUUUGCUUUUCACCUUCUACCAUGUCAGUUGCCAACAGAAACAAAACACCCCACUCGAGACUCCUGUUGGCUACACGUGGAUACCGAUGCUACAAAACGGACGAUUAAAAACAGGCCAGUUCUGCCUCCCUGUUUCUUUGGAGAAGCCACCACAAGCUUAUUCUGUACUCUCUCCAGAGGUGCCUUUGCCUGGAAUGAAGUGGGUUGAUAACCAUAAAGGAGUUUUUAAUGUAGAAAUAAUUGCUGUGUCAACUAUUCAUACGCAGGACCCCUAUCUUGACAAGUUCUUUGCACUUGUUCAUGCCCUGGAUGAACAUAUGUUCCCUGUACGGAUAGGUGACAUGAGAAUUAUGGAGAACAACUUGGAAAAUGAAUUAAAGAGCAGUAUUUCAGCUUUGAACUCAUCUCAGUUGGAGCCUGUAGUGCGGUUUCUCCAUCUUUUGCUUGACAAAUUAAUUCUUUUGGUUGUAAGACCUCCUAUUAUUGCAGGCCAAAUAGUCAAUCUAGGUCAAGCAUCUUUUGAAGCCAUGGCCUCUAUUGUAAACAGACUUCAUAAAAACCUUGAAGGAAACCAAGAUCAGCAUGGAAGAAACAAUCUUCUUACUUCAUAUAUUUAUUAUGUUUUUCGGUUACCAAAUAUGUCUUCCAAUUCUCCAUGCACAGCUCCCAGUGGUUUAGGAGGAUCAGUGCACUACGCUACCAUGGCUCGUUCAGCUAUCAGACCUGCCAGCCUAAACUUGAAUCGCUCCAGGAGCCUUAGUAACAGCAACCCUGACAUAUCAGGGACUCCAACCUCACCUGAUGAUGAAGUACGAUCAAUCAUUGGAAGUAAGGCUGCAGAUCGAAGCUGUAAUCGUAUGUCUUCCCAUACGGAGACACCAAGUUUCUUACAAACAUUAACAGGGCGACUGCCAACUAAAAAGCUUUUUCAUGAAGAACUGGCUUUGCAAUGGGUUGUCUGCAGUGGAAGUGUUCGUGAAGCAGCUCUUCAGCAAGCAUGGUUCUUCUUUGAACUUAUGGUAAAAAGUAUUGUGCAUCAUUUGUAUUUUGCUGAUAAACUCGACGCCCCGAGGAAGAAUCGUUUUCCAGAGCGCUUCAUGGAUGACAUAGCUGCACUGGUCAGCACAAUCGCCAGUGAUAUAGUUUCCCGGUUUCAGAAGGAUACAGAAAUGAUUGAAAGACUCAACACUAGUUUAGCAUUUUUUCUCAACGAUCUGUUGUCUGUCAUGGACAGAGGAUUUGUCUUUAGCCUUGUUAAGACUUAUUACAAACAGGUGUCCUCCAAGCUUUAUUCUUUACCAAACCCCAGCACGCUGGUGUCCUUGAGGCUGGAUUUCCUUCGGAUUGUCUGUAGCCAUGAGCAUUACGUUACUCUGAAUUUACCAUGUAGUUUGCUAACACCGCCUGCCUCUCCAUCUCCUUCAGUGUCAUCAGCAACAUCACAGAGUUCUGGCUUCUCAACAAAUGUCCAGGAUCAGAAGAUUGCAAAUAUGUUUGAGCUGUCCGUUCCUUUUCGUCAACAGCAUUACUUGGCAGGACUGGUACUUACUGAACUAGCUGUCAUUCUAGAUCCUGAAGCAGAUAGUUUGUUUGGAUUGCAUAAGAAAGUCAUCAACAUGGUACACAAUUUGCUAUCUAGCCAUGACUCCGACCCACGGUACUCUGACCCACAAGUAAAGGCCAGGGUGGCUACUCUGUACUUGCCUCUGAUUGGAGUGAUCAUGGAGAGUGUGCCCCAGCUGUAUGAUUUCACAGAAAGUCACAACCAGCGUGGAAGACCAAGCUGCGUCGCAGUGGAGGAUUGUGAAAGUGAGGGUGGGAACAUGAUCAGUCAGACAGUUGCUAUGGCCAUUGCAGGAACCUCUGUACCACAGCUCAGCCGGCCUACCAGUUUUCUCCUCACAUCAACGGCCAGCAGGCAACACUCAACAUUUUCAGCUGAUUCCAGUCGAAACCUUUUGAUCUGCCUCCUGUGGGUCCUGAAGAAUGCUGACGAAAGUGUUCUGCAGAAAUGGUUUACAGAUCUCUCUGUGUUGCAGCUCAAUCGCUUGUUGGAUUUGCUUUAUCUUUGCAUUUCCUGCUUUGAGUAUAAGGGGAAGAAAGUGUUUGAAAGAAUGAACAGUCUGACUUUUAAGAAGUCAAAAGAUAUGCGGGCCAAACUUGAAGAAGCUAUACUUGGGAGCAUUGGAGCCAGGCAAGAAAUGGUACGAAGAAGCAGAGGACAAUUGGAAAGAAGUCCUUCCGGAAGUGCUUUUGGAAGUCAAGAGAACCUGAGGUGGCGAAAGGACAUGACGCAUUGGAGGCAGAACACUGAAAAACUUGACAAGUCCCGGGCAGAGAUUGAACAUGAAGCACUUAUUGAUGGUAACUUGGCAACAGAAGCCAAUCUGAUCAUAUUGGAUACUUUAGAGAUAAUUGUGCAGACGGUUUUGGUGACUGAAUCCAAGGAAAGUAUUCUUGGCGGGGUACUGAAGGCUCUUCUACAUAGCAUGGCCUGCAAUCAAAGCGCUCUUUAUCUCCAGCAUUGCUUUGCUACUCAAAGAGCUUUAGUCUCAAAGUUCCCAGAACUGUUGUUUGAAGAAGAGACUGAGCAAUGUGCCGAUUUAUGCCUUCGACUCCUGCGCCACUGCAGCAGUAGCAUUAGCAUGAUACGGUCCCAUGCCAGUGCCUCUCUGUAUCUCCUCAUGAGGCAAAACUUUGAGAUUGGGAAUAACUUUGCUAGAGUGAAAAUGCAGGUGACUAUGUCACUCUCAUCUCUAGUGGGAACAUCUCAAAAUUUUAAUGAAGAGUUUCUGAGACGUUCUCUGAAGACCAUUUUGACUUAUGCUGAAGAGGAUCUGGAACUGAAGGAGACAACCUUCCCUGAUCAGGUACAGGAUCUUGUGUUCAAUCUCCAUAUGAUCCUCUCGGAUACAGUUAAAAUGAAGGAACACCAGGAAGAUCCGGAAAUGCUAAUUGACUUGAUGUACAGAAUUGCGAAAGGAUACCAGAAUUCCCCAGAUCUACGACUAACCUGGCUGCAGAACAUGGCUGGAAAACACUCCGCCAGAAAUAACCACGCCGAAUCAGCACAAUGUUUGGUUCACUCUGCAGCUCUGGUGGCUGAAUAUCUAAGCAUGCUGGAGGAUCGGAAAUAUCUCCCUGUGGGAUGUGUUACAUUUCAGAACGUUUCUUCAAAUGUUCUAGAAGAAUCUGCAGUUUCUGAUGAUGUGGUCUCUCCAGAUGAAGAAGGGAUAUGUUCUGGAAAGUAUUUUACUGAAGUGGGUCUGGUUGGACUACUGGAGCAAGCUGCAGCCUGUUUUUCCAUGGCUGGUAUGUAUGAAGCGGUCAACGAGGUUUACAAAAUCCUUAUUCCAAUUCAUGAAGCUAACAGAGAUGCCAAGAAACUGGCCACAAUUCAUGGUAAACUCCAGGAUGCAUUCAGCAAGAUAGUUCAUCAGAGUACUGGCUGGGAGGAUGGUAAGCGAAUGUUUGGUACAUACUUCCGGGUUGGCUUUUAUGGAACUAAAUUUGGAGAUUUGGAUGAACAGGAAUUCAUGUACAAGGAGCCUGCUAUAACAAAACUUGCUGAAAUUUCUCAUAGAUUAGAGGGAUUUUAUGGAGAAAGGUUUGGUGAAGAUGCUGUUGAGGUUAUUAAAGAUUCUAACCCUGUUGACAAGUGCAAACUAGAUGCCAAUAAAGCUUAUAUACAAAUCACUUAUGUUGAGCCCUAUUUUGAUACUUAUGAAAUGAAGGACAGGAUAACCUAUUUUGACAAAAACUACAAUUUGCGCCGAUUCAUGUAUUGUACUCCGUUCACGUUGGAUGGCAGAGCUCAUGGGGAGUUGCACGAACAGUUCAAAAGGAAGACUAUCUUGACAAUAUCCCAUGCUUUUCCUUACAUUAAGACAAGGAUAAAUGUCAUUCACAAGGAAGAAAUAAUUUUGACACCAAUUGAAGUUGCCAUUGAGGACAUGCAGAAAAAAACCCAAGAAUUGGCUUUUGCAACCCAUCAAGAUCCAGCAGACCCAAAGAUGCUCCAGAUGGUGCUUCAGGGUUCAGUGGGCACCACUGUAAAUCAGGGGCCGCUGGAGGUUGCACAAGUAUUUUUAUCUGAAAUACCCAAUGAUCCUAAACUCUUCCGCCAUCAUAACAAACUGCGGCUUUGUUUCAAAGACUUUACAAAAAGGUGUGAGGACGCACUACGCAAAAACAAAAGCUUGAUUGGUCCAGACCAAAAAGAGUAUCAGCGGGAACUUGAAAGAAAUUAUCAUCGUCUCAAGGAAGCCCUUCAGCCCUUGAUAAAUAGAAAAAUACCCCAAUUAUACAAGGCUGUUCUACCUGCUGCUUGUCACAGAGAUUCCUUCAGCAGAAUGAGCCUUCGCAAAAUGGACAUAUAAGCACUUCAGAAGGCACUUAAAGAGUUUUAAGGUACUGAAAAAGCAGGUUCAGUGUUAUCGACACCAGAAAAUAUGUGGAAUUUGCUCUGGGCAGCUAACACAUGUUUUUUUGAUUUGCAUGGGAGCAUUAAGUGGCCAAAUCUUUUCUCCUGGAAAAUGUAGUUUUAAAAGUCUGUUUUUGUAAAAUCUAUUGCCAACAGUAUGAAAGUAUUUUUAAAACUUUAAUAUUCAAAGGUACUCUGAAUUCAUCAACCUUAUUUAUAGCAUUCUGUAAUGUGAUUUUUUUUUUAGUUUGUAUAUUUAAUUUAUAAUAGCAUUUGAAAAAGCAAACAAUUUUUAAUAUAGUGUUUGUUUAUAUUAAUGGUACUAUUAAAUAUUUGAAAAUUU